AUGCCAAAAGUGAUCUCAGAUGGAAAUACUUGCAGACUUCGAAGUUUCAUUAAGAAGAAUCGUGAAGGACUUAAAAAACUGGAUCAGCUGAAUGCUACACCAUUGCAUCAUGCUGCCGGAAAGGGUCAACUUGAGUUAAUGCAAAUGAUCAUGGAUGAUUCUUCAUUUGAAGUUCUAAAUGUAACAGACUCGUGUGGAAAUACACCACUGCACUGGGCUACAAAAAAACAACAGACUGAAAGUGUUAAAUUACUUCUCAGAAGAGGGGCCAACCCAAACAUCCUUAAUUCCAAUAUGAUUUCUCCACUUCACUGGGCUGUGUUGUAUCUUUUAAAUGAUUUAGUUAAGAUUUUCCUUGAAUGCAGCACUACGGAUGUAAAUCUGGAAGGAGAGGGUGGGAAUACACCAAUAUUAGUAGCAUGUUACAAAGAUAAUCCUGAAGCACUGAAACUUCUGAUUGAAAAUGGCGGUGACAUUGCUAAAGCGAACAAUAUGGGCUGUAUGCCAGUCCAUGCAGCUGCCUUUUCUGGUUCGAAAUUAUGUUUGGAGAUUAUUAUAAAGCGAGUUUUGACGGACUUUUCAUUACAGGGAGCAAAUAUUAAUACUGUUGACGUUGAGGGUCGAACACCAUUACUACUGGCCACUUCUUGUGCAUCAUGGAAAACUGUAAAUCUUUUACUUUCAAAAGGAGCAAAUGUAGAAUUAAAAGAUCUCCUUGGUCGUAAUUUUUUACAUUUAACUGUCCUACAACCUGGUGGGUUACAGCACCUGAAUGAACACUAUUUGAAGAUGAAACAUAUUAAAGAUCUUAUAACUGAGGAGGAUCAGGAAGGAUGCACUCCUUUACAUUAUGCAUGCAAGCAAGGUGUACCCCUUUCUGUGAAUAUCCUUCUUGAAAUGAAUGUUUCUAUAUACUCUAAAAGCAGAGACAAGAAAUCUCCCUUACAUUUUGCAGCUAGCUAUGGACGAAUCAACACCUGUUUUAGACUUCUGGAGGCUAUGCAAGAUACCAGGCUCUUGAAUGAAGGAGACAAAAAAGGCAUGACACCUUUACAUCUGGCUUCUCAAAAUGGACAUGAAAAGGUAGUCCAGUUUCUCCUAAAGAAAGGCGCCCUCUUUCUUUGUGAUUAUAAAGGCUGGACAGCUUUGCAUCAUGCCGCUUUUGGUGGAUAUACUCGCACAAUGCAGAUUAUUUUGAAUACCAAUAUGAAAGUCACCGAUAAAGUAAAUGACGAAGGGAAUACAGCUCUUCACCUUGCUGCCAGAGAAGGCCACGCAAAAGCAGUGAAAUUACUUCUUGAUGACAAUGCCAAAAUUCUCCUGAACAGAGCUGAAGCUUCUUUCCUUCAUGAAGCCAUACACAAUGGCCGAAAAGAUGUUGUAAAUGCUGUCAUUUUACAUAAAAGAUGGGAAGAAUCUAUAACAACAUUUUCUCACCAUUCUAUAAACAAAUGUGCAAUACUAGAGAUGGUUGAAUAUCUUCCCGAAUGUUUAAAAUUGGUUUUAGACAAUUGCAUUAUUGAAUCACCUGAAGAAAAAGGAUCCAAAGACUUCAAUAUUGAAUAUAACUUCAGAUAUCUUCAGUGUCCGCUGAAACUUAAGAAGAAAUUUAAAGAGAGUGGAGGAAUAAUUUAUGAGCCACUUCUUGCUUUAAAUGCCAUGGUACGUCACAAUCGUGUUGAACUGCUUAGUCAUCCUGUUUGUACAGAAUAUUUACUUAUGAAAUGGAUGGCCUAUGGUUUCCGAGCACAUAUUUUGAAUCUGGCUGUGUACUCCCUUGGCUUAAUACCUCUUACUCUCCUGAUCACCAAUUUAGAGCCAGAUGUAUCUUUCAAUGCAACACUUAAAUAUGGACCUUUUGAUAAUAAGGAUUCAAACUUCAUUAAAGUUUGCAUGUCUUUCGUUUUUAUCAUGAGUUUAUUUGGUAUCUGCAAAGAAAUAAUACAGCUAUUCCAACAGAAAUUAAACUACUUGUUGGAUUAUUCUAAUCUUCUUGACUGGACAAUUUAUACUACAAGUAUCAUUUUUGUGUCAUCUUUAUUUGUGACGUUACCAAUCCGUUUACAGUGGGAUUGUGGUGCAAUUGCUAUACUCUUGGCUUGGACAAACUUCUUGCUCUAUUUGCAAAGAUUUGAAAAUUAUGGAAUAUAUAUUGUGAUGUUUUGGGAAAUUUUGAGGACUCUGAUACGGAUCGUUAUUGUUUUCUUUUUUUUGAUGUUAGCUUUUGGGCUCAGCUUCUAUGUUCUUCUUGGUUCACAGCAAACAUAUGGCACACCAUAUCUUUCAGUAAUGCAAACAUUUUCCAUGAUGAUCGGAGAUAACAACUACCGUGAGGCUUUCCUUGAACCAAUGCUGGCUGAUAAACUUCCUUUUCCAUUCCUGAGUUUUAUCAUUCUCCUUAUCUUUUCUAUGCUUAUCCCUAUUCUUCUUAUGAACUUACUGAUUGGUUUGGCUGUUGGUGACAUUGCAGAGGUGCAAAGGUUUGCUGCAAUGAAAAGAAUAGCAAUGCAGGUUGAUCUUCAUACAAACCUAGAAAAAAAACUACCAUAUUGGUUUCUCAGUAGAGUUGAUCAAGAAUCCAUUGUUGUGUAUCCCAAUAGACCUAGAUAUUGUGGGUUUAUGAGUGUGUUCCACUAUUGCUUUGGAUGGGAUAAUACAGCAGCUGAUACACAGAGUGCUGACACAACAUUAGAACUUGAAGUAUUGAAACAGAAGUACAGGCUUAAGGACAUUGGAACUCUGGUGGAAAAACAGCACAAUCUCCUUAAACUAGUUGCACAUAAGAUGGAAAUAAUGUCUGAGGUAGAGGAUGAAGAUCCAAAUGAUUUAUUCCAGAACAAAUUUAGGAAAGAGCAGUUGGAACAUAAGAACAGUAAAUGGGAUACAGUGCUCAAAGCAGUGAAAUCGAAAUGUGCCUAAUUUGGUUACAACUAUCUUCAUUUUUUAAAAUAUAAAAUAGCUUCCUAGUAAGAAAUAGAAGUUAACAUUAAGUUGGGACGGGAGUUAUCAUUGUGGGACAGUAGUACAUCAAUGUGGUUUACGAUUGAUUAGCAAGUCCCCUCAAUUCCAGCAAGCUGGUUAAUAAGCAAAUACUGGGCUAAACAAUGCUGGAUAUUCCCUUCCUCUUGGCUCCCUAUAGAUGAUUGCUCACUGUUAUGUUGCAAUAGUGGCUAACCAGGACUGGCUGAAUUAUUUCAGCAUAACUACUCUAGGUUUCUGUAUUCUGUAUUUAGAGGCUUUUCUACCACGGCAUGGUAUAUAAUGUUAAUUUAGUUAUUAUCAUACAGUAAAAUGUUUUCAACAGGGGAAUAUAUAAAAGACUUAGUUUAAAUAUUAAUACAUAGCGUAAUUAAUGCAGUAGCAGCUUUGUUGAUUAAUUCAGGGCAACUAAGCCAAAUGUAUCUCUUCAGAAUGUCAGAGAUUAAUAUUAUAGUUGGAUUCUCAGAGUCAAUACAAUCUCAUUUACAUCAAACUGGUUUUCCUGAAAGUAUGGUAAUACGGAAUAUUGAAGACUGACCUCUAUGCUUAUUGUAGGGAAUAAUUAUAUAAGGGGCACUGUGCUAGAAAGCAAGAGACUGUGAGUUCAAGUCUUAAAAUCUAAUUAGGCGACCUUGGGCUAGU